AUGGCAACAAAUGGCGCUAAAACCGUCACGGUGGACGGACAGGUGGCGAUGGAGCUGAACGAGGUCAUGACCCAUGACAGAUCCAAACCGGAGGAGAUACAGGAGGAACCGAAUGACGACAAGAAGAAGAAGAAGAAAAAGGAUAUUCCUGACAGAGAAACAUGGGCGGGAAAGUUCGACUUCCUGCUGUCUUGUGUUGGAUACGCCAUUGGGCUCGGAAACGUGUGGAGAUUCCCAUACCUGUGUGGGAAAAAUGGCGGAGGGGCCUUCUUGAUUCCUUACUUUCUGACCCUCAUAUUUGCUGGAAUGCCCUUGUUUCUCCUCGAGUGUUCACUCGGUCAGUACACGUCCAUCGGUGGCCUCGGAGUGUGGAAGCUGGCGCCAAUGUUCAAAGGAGUCGGCCUCGCUGCAGCCGUGCUCUCCUUCUGGCUCAACAUUUAUUACAUCGUCAUCAUCGCUUGGGCUUUGUACUACCUGUACAACUCCUUCACCACUGAACUUCCCUGGAAAUCCUGCAACAAUCCCUGGAACACAGAGAGAUGUUUCACAAACUACAGCAUUGUAAACACCACCAACCUGACCAGCGCCGUGGUGGAGUUUUGGGAACGCAAUGUGCAUAACAUCACUGACGGUUUGGAGAAACCGGGGCAGAUCCGUGUCCCGCUAGCAAUAACUCUGGCCAUCGCUUGGGUUCUCGUGUACUUCUGCGUCUGGAAAGGUGUUCGCUGGACUGGAAAGGUUGUGUAUUUCUCGGCCACCUACCCCUACUUCAUGUUAUUUAUUCUGUUCCUCCGUGGAGUCACACUUCCAGGAGCGAAAGAAGGAAUUCUGUUCUACAUCACACCUGAUUUUGAGAAGCUUAAAGAGUCUGAGGUCUGGCUGGAUGCUGCGACUCAGAUCUUUUUCUCGUAUGGUUUGGGGCUUGGUUCUCUGAUCGCACUCGGCAGCUACAACCGUUUCAACAAUAACAUUUACAGAGACUCAGUCAUUGUGUGCCUUAUAAACUCAUCCACUAGUAUGUUUGCUGGAUUUGUCAUUUUCUCCAUUGUGGGUUUCAUGGCUCACGUGACUAAGAGACAGAUAGCUGAUGUAGCUGCUUCAGGUCCAGGCUUGGCAUUUUUAGCAUAUCCUGAAGCCGUGACACAGUUACCCAUCUCCCCGCUGUGGGCCAUCCUCUUCUUCUCCAUGCUGCUCAUGCUGGGAAUCGACAGCCAGUUCUGUACGGUGGAAGGCUUCAUCACCGCUCUGGUGGACGAGUUCCCGGCGAUCCUGAGGAAAAGACGAGAGAUUUUCAUCGCAUGUGUGUGCAUCGUGUCGUAUAUAAUCGGCCUCUCCAAUAUCACACAGGGCGGCCUUUACGUCUUCAAACUCUUCGAUUAUUAUUCUGCCAGUGGCACAUGUCUACUGUUCCUGGUUUUCUUCGAGUGUAUCUCCAUCUCCUGGUGUUACGGUGUGAAUAAAUUCUACAGUAACAUUGAGGAGAUGAUCGGAUAUAAACCCUGCCUAUGGUGGAAACUCUGCUGGGUGUUUUUCACUCCUCUGGUUGUUGCAGGAGUUUUUCUGUUCAGCGCCAUCCAAAUGGUUCCUCUCAAAAUGAAUAACUACGUGUUCCCGGCGUGGGGUCAGGGAGUCGGCUGGUUCAUGGCUGUCUCCUCCAUGAUUCUCAUCCCGGGAUACAUGGCCUACAUGUUCCUCACCACCAGGGGAAAAUCUAAAGAGUCAGUGCGAUCUCAGGAGAACAGACCUGAACAGCAGCAGCAGGGUGAAAACGCCAUCUCCGUGUACCUCGCCAACGCACACGCCCCGAACCGAGAGCAGUCACCGAGCGCGUAA